CGGAUGCUGAUGGCGGUUUGUGAGGCGCGGGGCGGCCGGGCUCUGAGCUGGGCCUUGGCCGCGCUGCUCUGGGCCUACUGGGCAGCGGCGGAGGGAGGCCUGAGGACCGGGACUGGAGCCGGGACCCCCGGGGCCGGGACACCUGAACCCGCGACCCCCGAGUCCGAGAGCCCCCAACCCGGGUCCCCCCAGUCCGGGACCCUCGAGCCCGGGUCCCCCCAACCCGGGACCCCCCAGUCCGGGACCCUCGAGCCCGGGUCCCCCCAACCUGGGACCCCCCAACCCGGGUCCCCCGAGUCCGAGACCCCCCAACCCGGGUCCCCCGAGUCGGAGACCCUCCAACCCGGGUCCCCCCAGCCCGGGACCCCCCAGACCGGGUCCCCCGAGUCCGAGACCCUCCAACCCGGGACCCCCGAGCCCGGGACCCUCGAGCCCGGGGAUCCGACACCAAAAAUUCUGACGUCAGCUGUUCCCAUUUGUACCUGUGACUUGAUGGGAGGAGCCUGUGAACUCAAGUGCUGCUGUGACCCUGACUGCUCCUCUGCAGACGUUGAUGCCUUCUCUUCUUGCCUGCCUGGCAGUGUGCCGGUUAUUAGCCAGGUUUGCAUUGAGGAAUCAGUGAUCUUCACCAGUAACGGCCCUUUCCGGACUAUUAUCAACAAGGAUGGCUUAGACACUCUCUUCUGUGUAAUCGUUAACAACCCGAAGACAAAUUACUUUGUAACUCCGCAAUCCAUCAGCAGGGAGAGAUUCCCAUCACUGGUUUCGCAGUUUGGCAGAGGCUCCUUCAGUGUCCCUUCGGUGCAGCAAGGCAGCUGCAGGGUCUUAACACUAUCCAGAGAGGUCUAUCAGGUUGGGGACCCGAUCAUGACGUUAUUUCGACAUCCCUUUAUGGUUGGAGUUCUCAGGCAGCCGACGGCACUGACAGGAGGGGAGUGCACCGACAGGAACCCGGCAGGUUACCUGCAGGACCAUAGUUCCAGGUGUACCCGGAGUGUUGGAGAUCUGAAUGCCACUUGCCAUAUGCUGCCUGCACUGAAUGCAGAAUCAUACUUUAACAACUUUGACCUGUCAUCGGUGCCGAAUAUUACCAUUCAGGAAAGGGUGAAAAUUAUUCCUGAAAAUGGAGAAGAUGCAUACUCACCGUUUGUGCGGGAUAACAAAUGUAUGAACGUGGUGUCAGAGGUGACCUAUCGCAUUAAAUGGAAAGGGGCCGAGGGCAUCGUUGGAGCCAGUGUGAACUUUGUUGUUAUUGAUGUCCCUUUGUCCACCACCAAGAUCCAGCAGACGUUUCACACUUUCUUCGUCAGGGGCCCAGCCAAUGGUACAGCCAAGAGACGGAGUGGGAAUCCCGGAUACCUGAGAGGGAAACCCAUUCUGGCCUUUAACGGUGAAGCAGCUGCUAGCCUGACUGUCCUGAAGAGCACUGGCGAUGGAUCCUGUUCUCAGCUGGAUAGGAGCCCCGUACUGUUCCAGCACCAAAUGAGGUCUGGCUGUUUCUACAGGUUCAGCCCUGGGCUGACAUGCAGUAAACUCCAAACACACAUCAACCUGCUCCUCCUGGGAAACAACCCCCCUGACUCCCUCGGCAUCCUGGGGAACGCCAGCAGUAGAAAUCUGGAGAGUCUGACCCGGAUCAUCAACCUUAUGCCUGAGGCCUUGAACGUGACCUGUGAGACCAGUUGCAACCUGUCCAACAUGCUAGAGAUGCAGAUCCUGUGGGCCAUGCUGGGCCCCCUCGCCAAUCCCCAGGCGGCAUUGCUCGGGGCCCGCUUCCAGUACCAGAGGCAGGACGUGCAGUGUUCAACUGGCAGAGUAUCUCUGAAAACCUCCGUCACCUUCAUUGAGACCACCCGAUACCCACCAGCGCCCAGAGACCAGCCGACCGCUGAACAGAAGCUUCCCUUCGAUUUCUUCUAUCCCUUCAAGGUCAUCAGCAGUGGAGUUGGUGUGUCUGCAGGAUCGAGAAUGGGUACUUUCUGCAGUGUCCUUUUGACAGGCUUCCUGAAUCAGCGAUGAGUCUCCACCAGUCAGAUCCAUCAAAAAUUGAGAUCUCUUCAACACUGGUGGGAGCAGGAUUUUAACGUGAAGGUUGUUGGUACUGAGGGAAUAGCACUAUGAUUAGGGGAGAAGCUCCCACUGCUCCUGCACUGGGAUUAGGGGAGGAGCUCCCACUGUCCCUGCACUAUGAUUAGGGGAGGAGCUCCCACUGCUCCUGCACUGGGAUUAGGGGAGGAGCUCCCACUGUCCCUGCACUAUGAUUAGGGGAGGAGCUCCCACUGCUCCUGCACUGGGAUUAGGGGAGGAGCUCCCACUGCUCCUGCGCUGGGAUUAGGGGAGAAGCUCCCACUGCUCCUGCACUGGGAUUAGGGGAGGAGCUCCCACUGCUCCUGCACUGGGAUUAGGGGAGGAGCUCCCACUGCUCCUGCACUGGGAUUAGGGGAGGAGCUCCCACUGCUCCUGCACUGGGAUUAGGGGAGGAGCUCCCACUGCUCCUGCACUGGGAUUAGGGGAGGAGCUCUCACUGUCCCUGCACUAUGAUUAGGGGAGGAGCUCCCACUGCUCCUGCACUGGGAUUAGGGGAGGAGCUCCCACUGUCCCUGCACUAUGAUUAGGGGAGGAGCUCCCACUGCUCCUGCACUGGGAUUAGGGGAGGAGCUCCCACUGUCCCUGCACUAUGAUUAGGGGAGAAGCUCCCACUGCUCCUGCACUGGGAUUAGGGGAGGAGCUCCCACUGCUCCUGCACUGGGAUUAGGGGAGGAGCUCCCACUGCUCCUGCACUGGGAUUAGGGGAGGAGCUCCCACUGUCCCUGCACUAUGAUUAGGGGAGGAGCUCCCACUGCUCCUGCACUGGGAUUAGGGGAGGAGCUCCCACUGCUCCUGCACUGGGAUUAGGGGAGGAGCUCCCACUGCUCCUGCACUGGGAUUAGGGGAGGAGCUCUCACUGUCCCUGCACUAUGAUUAGGGGAGGAGCUGUCACUGUCCCUGCACUGGGAUUAGGGGAGGAGCUCCCACUGCUCCUGCACUGGGAUUAGGGGAGGAGCUCCCACUGCUCCUGCACUGGGAUUAGGGGAGGAGCUCCCACUGCUCCUGCACUGGGAUUAGGGGAGGAGCUCCCACUGUCCCUGCACUAUGAUUAGGGGAGGAGCUCCCACUGCUCCUGCACUGGGAUUAGGGGAGGAGCUCCCACUGCUUCUGCACUGGGAUUAGGGGAGGAGCUCCCACUGUCCCUGCACUAUGAUUAGGGGAGGAGCUCCCACUGCUCCUGCACUGGGAUUAGGGGAGGAGCUGUCACUGUCCCUGCACUAUGAUUAGGGGAGGAGCUCCCACUGCUUCUGCACUGGGAUUAGGGGAGGAGCUGUCACUGUCCCUGCACUGGGAUUAGGGGAGGAGCUCCCACUGCUUCUGCACUGGGAUUAGGGGAGGAGCUCCCACUGCUUCUGCACUGGGAUUAGAAGAGGAGCUCUCACUGUCCCUGCACUGGGAUAAGGGGAGGAGCUGUCACUGUCCCUGCACUGGGAAUAGGGGAGAAGCUCACACUGUCCCUGCACUGGGAUUAGAAGAGGAGCUCUCACUGUCCCUGCACUGGGAUUAGGGGAGGAGCUCACACUGUCCCUGCACUGGGAUUAGGGGAGGAGCUCACACUGUCCCUGCACUGGGAUUAGGGGAGGAGCUGUCACUGUCCCUGCACUGGGAUUACGGGAGGAGCUCCCACUGCUUCUGCACUGGGAUUAGGGGAGGAGCUCCCACUGCUCCUGCACUGGGAUUAGAAGAGGAGCUCUCACUGUCCCUGCACUGGGAUAAGGGGAGGAGCUGUCACUGUCCCUGCACUGGGAAUAGGGGAGAAGCUCACACUGUCCCUGCACUGGGAUUAGAAGAGGAGCUCUCACUGUCCCUGCACUGGGAUUAGGGGAGGAGCUCACACUGCUCCUGCACUGGGAUUAGGGGAGGAGCUCACACUGUCCCUGCACUGGGAUUAGGGGAGGAGCUGUCACUGUCCCUGCACUGGGAUUAGGGGAGGAGCUGUCACUGUCCCUGCACUGGGAUUAGGGGAGGAGCUGUCACUGUCCCUGCACUGGGAUUAGGGGAGGAGCUCUCACUGCUCCUGCACUGGGAUUAAGGGAGGAGCUCACACUGUCCCUGCACUGGGAUUAGGGGAGGAGCUCUCACUGUCUUUGCGCCGGGAGUAGGGGAAGAGCUCACACUGUCCCUGCACUGGGAUUAGGGGAGGAGCUCACACUGUCCCUGCACUGGGAGUAGGGGAGGAGCUCACACUGUCCCUGCACUGGGAUUAGGGGAGGAGCUCACACUGUCCCUGCGCUGGGAUUAGGGGAGGAGCUCACACUGUCCCUGCACUGGGAUUAGGGGAGAAGCUCACACAGUCCCUGCACUGGGAUUAGGGGAGGAGCUGUCACUGUCCCUGCACUGGGAUUAGGGGAGGAGCUCACACUGUCCCUGCACUGGGAUUAGGGGAGGAGCUCACACUGUCCCUGCACUGGGAGUUGGGGAGGAGCUCACACUGUCCCUGCACUGGGAGUUGGGGAGGAGCUGUCACUGUCCCUGCACUGGGAUUAGGGGAGAAGCUCACACUGUGCCUGCACUGGGAGUAGGGGAGGAGCUCCCACUGCUCCUGCACUGGGAUUAGGGGAGGAGCUCCCACUGCUCCUGCACUGGGAUUAGGGGAGGAGCUCCCACUGCUCCUGCACUGGGAUUAGAAGAGGAGCUCUCACUGUCCCUGCACUGGGAUAAGGGGAGGAGCUGUCACUGCUCCUGCACUGGGAUUAGGGGAGGAGCUCACACUGUCCCUGCACUGGGAUUAGGGGAGGAGCUGUCACUGUCCCUGCACUGGGAUUAGGGGAGGAGCUGUCACUGUCCCUGCACUGGGAUUAGGGGAGGAGCUGUCACUGUCCCUGCACUGGGAUUAGGGGAGGAGCUCUCACUGCUCCUGCACUGGGAUUAAGGGAGGAGCUCACACUGUCCCUGCACUGGCAUUAGGGGAGGAGCUCUCACUGUCUUUGCGCCGGGAGUAGGGGAAGAGCUCACACUGUCCCUGCACUGGGAUUAGGGGAGGAGCUCACACUGUCCCUGCACUGGGAGUAGGGGAGGAGCUCACACUGUCCCUGCACUGGGAUUAGGGGAGGAGCUCACACUGUCCCUGCGCUGGGAUUAGGGGAGGAGCUCACACUGUCCCUGCACUGGGAUUAGGGGAGAAGCUCACACUGUCCCUGCACUGGGAUUAGGGGAGGAGCUGUCACUGUCCCUGCACUGGGAUUAGGGGAGGAGCUCACACUGUCCCUGCACUGGGAUUAGGGGAGGAGCUCACACUGUCCCUGCACUGGGAGUAGGGGAGGAGCUCACACUGUCCCUGCACUGGGAAUUGGGGAGGAGCUCACACUGCUCCUGCACUGGGAUUAGGGGAGGAGCUGUCACUGUCCCUGCACUGGGAUUAGGGAGAAGCUCACACUGUGCCUGCACUGGGAUUAGGGGAGGAGCUGUCACUGUCCCUGCACUGGGAU